GCAGAAGGGAGACCAGCGCCGGGGGAAGGCGGCGCGUCGCCCCUCUUCCUCCCCCGCGGGUCUGUUAACACGACAGCCCUCUGGCGGCUGCCGCGCCCCUCCCGGGAGGCCUCCUGCGGCGGCCGGGGCUCGCCGCUUCCUCUCACACGGCGCCGGCCGCCGGCGCUUCCCCUCAGAGGGGAGAGGGCGGCCGGGCGGGACGGCCCCGCUCCCCCCGCUCCCCCGCGUGAGGGGCGGGGCCGGCCGUUGCACUCAGCACCCGGGACAGCGCGAGCCCCCCUCCUUCUCCCCCGGCCACGCGCGCCGUGGUUGCCAGGGAGACGGCGACGCUGCGGCCAUGUCGGAUCUGAGCUCGGAGGAGGAGGCCGAGGAGGCCGAGGCCGAUUUGGGGGAGUAUGAUGGUGAACGCAAUUCAGAAGGUGAGCGACAUGGACGUGGAAAAGCAUUUCUACCCAAUGGUGAUAUAUACGAUGGAGAAUAUGAACAUGGUUUCAGAAGUGGACAGGGGACCUACAGGUUUAGAAAUGGUGCUUGCUACAUUGGAAAAUAUCUUCUAAACAAAAAACAUGGCCGGGGCAUUUUUUAUUAUCCAGAUGGAUCAAAAUAUGAAGGAGACUGGGUGAAUGACCAGAGACAUGGCCAUGGAGUGUAUACAUAUGCAAACGGAGACACCUACACUGGAGAAUGGUUUAAUCACAAUAGGCACGGACAAGGUAGAUAUAUCUAUAAAGACACAGGAGCUAUAUACGUUGGUGGUUGGGUAAAUGGAAACCAGGAAGGAGAAGCUGAACUUAUCUACCUAAACCAUCGAUUUAGGGGCAAGUUUUUGAAUGGAAAUCCUGUAGGUCAUGGCAAAUAUAUCUUUGAUAUUGGAUGUGAACAGCAUGGUGAAUACAUACAUUCGGAGCAGGAUAAAGGAGAGGUAGAAGAAGAGGAGGAACCCUCAUUUCUUGGGGCACCAAAAUGGAAAGCAUCAGAAAUUACCAAAUUAACACUCUGGACUCCCCAUGGGGAAAAAACACCUUCUCCCAGAGAAUCCUCCCAAGUGGUGGCAGCAGCAGCAGAAGCAGUGGAAGAAAGAGCAGCAGAAGCAGUAACUGAAAUGGAAAAAAUGCCAGUAAUUACAGUCACUGAUGAGUCUGCUGAGGGCAGGGAUGAUGAGCCUUCUCUUCAAGAAGUAUCCAGUGAAGUUUUUGGCCCAGUAAGGGAUGCAGGAGAGGAAGAUGAGAGAAGCAGAGAAGAAGAAGAAAACCCAGAUCAGGAGGAUCAAGAAACUACUGGUUUAGAGGAUAAGGAAGAUGAAUCAAAGGAAGUAGAGUAAUUGGAUACAACUAAAGACAAAGAGCCAAAAAAAGGAAAUUUCAGAGUGAAUCAUUUAUUAUGGUAACCCUGCAAUAUUUUUAUUCAUAAAAGGCUGAGUUAAGAUACUUUGAAUAA